AUGGCAGAACAAAAGGCAACGAAUAUUACUUGGCACGAAGCAAACGUUGUCCAGACAGACAGGGAGCAGCUGCUCAAUCAGAAAGGAUGUGUCAUCUGGUUCACAGGGCUGUCAGGCUCCGGCAAAUCCACACUUGCUUUGGAAGUGGAAAGUAAAUUAUACCAGCGCGGACAUCUCACCUACGUCCUUGAUGGCGAUAACGUCCGACACGGUUUGAAUAAGAACCUCGGCUUUUCCCCGGAAGAUCGGGAGGAGAACAUCCGCCGCAUUGGAGAGGUUGCGAAGUUGUUUGCCGAUGCCGGCGUUAUUGGGAUGACAGCCUUUAUUUCGCCCUACCGUACAGAUCGAGACAAUGCGCGUGACCUGCUUGACGAAGGGCGAUUUGUGGAGGUUUUCGUUGAUUGCCCAUUAGAGGUGUGCGAAGCACGAGAUACGAAGGGGUUAUACAAAAAGGCGCGGGCAGGCGAGAUCAAAGAGUUCACGGGGAUCAGUGCACCUUACGAAGCACCGGCCCAGCCGGAACUGACUGUGAACACAAGCGAUCAGAGCCUCGAGGAAUGUACAGCGAAUGUCAUCGCCCUCCUCGAAAGCAAAGGCCUCAUUCCUGUAUCACAAUAA